CUUACCGUCAUGUCUUUUGCUACUUUUCCUUCUUCUCUUCCUUUCUUUGCCUCUUUACAUGACCAGUCAUUGUUGGACCAAGAAAUCGAUGCUUUAUCUGCUCAAGUGAACAAGGAACAAAAGAAGACCAAGACACGUGAUAGUCAAGCUUUCAUGGACGCGUUACAACAAGUGGAAAAACUCACAGUGACAACCAAUGGUGCUGUAGCUCAUUCUACCUCGUCGGAUCCUUGCUUGGAUUUAUAUGCUUCUAUGGUGGGUAAGGAUUGUUCCUCUGAUGCUUUGGCUGCUGCUUAUGACAAAGAUCCUGAUACCACUCUCAAGUUGAUCUUCCAUUGUCGGUCUAUUCAUGAUGGCAAGAUGAACAAAAUGGGAUUCUAUACGGCUUUCCUAUGGUUACUCAAACACCAUCCCAAAACCGCACUUUGUAACAUGGAUGUUUUGGUUAAAGGUACUAUUCCAAAUCGCCCAGUGGAAGACAAGAACAACGAUAAGGAUGAUGAUUGGGAAGUCGUGGACAAGGAUGAAAAGGCUAUCUACUACAAGUCUCAUGGUUAUUGGAAGGAUCUUCUCAACAUUCUAUGUAUUUAUACAACUGAAGGAGUGGACGGCAAGGAAUUUACUGCAUUGAAUCAUCCAAGACAAGAAUACGAUCCUGAACAUCAUCGAGCUAGACGCAAGGCACGUCGUGCUUUUUGUGCCUCUUUGGAAGGUCUCCCUCAGGAAGAAGUGGAUCGUCUACGAAAGGAACGGGUGGAUGCAAGCAAGGAACGUCAAAACAUGGAAAAACAAGCACAAAUGGAAAAACGAAGAAGGGUACGACAAGAACGAAAUGACAAGGUGGUGCGUUUAUUGACCGAGGAUCCUCUUUAUCGUGCUUUACAUUUCACUGUGGCUCGACUCUUUGCGGCUCAAUUGAAACUGGAUCAACAAACCGUGCUGGCAUACGAGAAGAACGAAUCCAAGGAUGAUGACAGAUAUGCAUUGGCGAACAAGAUCAGUCUGGCUGGUAAAUGGGCACCUUCUCUUGGUUGUUCUCACGACAAAUAUACGAUGAUUGUUACCUCCAUUGCUGAAAUACUCUUCCUUCCCUCUGCUAAUGGUGAUGAUGAAGAUCGAACAUAUCACCUGAAUGAAGCUCGCGAUCAGUACCGACGACAUAUCACCUCUGUUUUACGGAAAGCAAUGGAUGUCACUGAACGAAGAAUGGCUCUCAAUGAAUGGAACAAGAUCAACUUUAGUCAUGUGCCUUCUCUUUGUAUGCAAAGAAACUCGAAACAUUUUUUGAAACAUGUACCAAAUGAAUAUCAAGCUUUUCUCCAAGGUGUUGCCAAUGGGACUCGUAAGGUGAGCGGUGCUGUACUAGGACCUCAUGACUUUGUGGAACGGGCUCGUGCAUUGAACAAAGGAAAUCAAGAUGAAGAAACAAUCAAGGCGGAAAGACUCUUGUUGGAUGGACAAUGGAAAACCUAUAUUCGAGCCAUUCAAGAGGCUUGUGGACCUGAACAUGCUCUUCGAAGUUCAUUGGCAAUUUGUGAUACUUCUGGCUCCAUGACAUAUGGUCAAAACUCGGUAGAACCUCUCAAUGCAGCUAUUGGACUUUCAUUGACGUUGAUGGCUCUGGCUGCUCAACCUUUUGCUGGCACCAUGAUUUCUUUCUCAGAACACCCUUCAAUCAUCUCAAUCGAUACGACUUUAUCUUUUGCUGAUCAAGUGGAAAAGGUAUUAGCAUCCGAAUGGGGUAUGUCAACCAAUCUCUAUGCAGUGUUUGUGGAUCUAUUAUUACCUAUGGCCAAGAAAUUCAACCUCAAGCAAGAAGACAUGGUCAAGCGAUUGUUUGUGUUUACGGAUAUGCAAUUCAACAAUGUGACACCCUCUGUUGAUGAUGAUGAUGGUCAGUUUGAUACUUUGUGGGAAACUGUGGUCAAGGAAUAUGAAAAAGCUGGUUAUGUACCUCCUGAAAUCGUAUGGUGGAAUCUCAAUGCUCUUGGGAAUAGUGAAUUGACUUUACAAGCAACCAAGGAUUCAAAAGGUGUGGCGAUGGUGGCUGGUUUCUCCCAAAAUAUGCUCAAGAACUUUAUGGAUGGUGAUGAAGUGGCCAGUGAAAUUGUACCUCCUAGUCGAUGGGAAUUGCAGGAACAAGAGGAUCGUAUCAAAUCUCAAUUAUCUCCCUUGGAAGUCAUGAUGAAGGAUAUUGGAAAGGAUAGUUUUAGUAGUCUUGUAGUAUUUGAUUAGUGGUAAUUUUUUGUAUAUAGGAUUGUAAAUAAAUAAAAAAAAAAGUAUAUUUUCGCUA